GAGUUUGUUAGUGAGUGUGAGCGUUGUUUUGCUGGCACUACUGGGAUCUUCUCCUACCGAUACAAGAAAAAAAAAACUAUGGCCGAGGAAGCAUCCUUUCGUGACGCUACGGCGAUUGCGUCCGUUCCGGGGCUCUCGGCUGCUUCCGAGUCUGUAGCCGCCGACCAGCAGCCCAAGAAGUUUCCCAAGGGAGUGGUUCUGGGCAAGGAUGGCAAACCAUGCCGAAGCUGCACAUCAUUUGCUUCAUGGGCCGCACUGGCCAAAGAAGCGCCCAAAAAAGAUGCCGUCGCCGGCAGCAGAGCAGUAUCUACAACAGCUGUCGCCUCGGGCCCUCCAGCCGACUGCCCGCCCGACGUCGAGACCCUUGGACGGAGCACCUGGACGCUCCUCCAUUCCAUCGCCGCAUCGUACCCAGAAACGCCAUCGCGGACGCAGCAGUCGGACCUGCUAAGCUUCGUCGGGCUCUUCUCCAAGCUGUACCCGUGCUGGGUAUGUGCCGAGGACUUCCAGGGCUACAUGGCACGGCAAAAGCCGCAGGUGUCCAGCCGUGACGAGUUUUCACAGUGGCUCUGCCGCGCUCACAACGACGUCAACAGAAAGCUGGGGAAGCCCGAGUUUGACUGUUCGCGAUGGGAUGAGCGCUGGAGGACCGGGUGGAAGGACGGCCGAUGCGACUGAUGGCCUCCUGGAAGAUGGACGAAUGUAUGUGUACGAUUAGAAGGAGGAGGGAAUAUUUUGGAAAAGGAAAAGGGGUAACGAAAGGUGCUGCAAAUGCAUGCACAGUGUACGAUUGUCAGCGGCUGAUGUAUUGCCAGCCAUAGACGGACGGCGUUGGGAGUUGGGAAUAGGGGCAAUAGACAAGACGCCGUGCUGGGCCGUGGUACGAGGUAUCAUGACUUGUGUGCGCAUGGUGGCGAGAGAGUGCGAGCAUGCCACGAGAGAGAGAAAAAUCUUUACUCACCCUCACAGCUCGAUGGGCUCUCAACCUAUCGACUUAUCAAUUCCACUAUCAAUUCGCAAUC